CUCCACUUGAAGUAGACCCUGCCAGCCCCCUUCUUCGCUUGGCCCAGCGCGGUUCCGCACGCACAUGCUCAUGAUGAGCUUGAUCGAGGAUGGCAGAUCUUCCAAGACGGACAUCAGUUUUUUCGUCCUCGGAGCAGCUACGACCAUUACCUGGGACAGCAUCUAUAUGUCGGUGUCCUACUUUCAACAAUUCUUGGGCAAGCAAGUCCUCUCGGUGCUUUCUCUAUGUUUCAGCCUUCCUCUCUUCCUAGCGAUGCUGGGAUGUUUAUGCCUGAAGAGACAGCUUCCGGUGCACUUGAUGGCACUUCUGGUGAGACUAUGCAUUGCGUAUAUGCUGGGAUUCUCCCUCUUGAUUCUGCUGGCUGGGUUUUGCGACAUUGACAUGCCUGUCUACUUGUUGUGUUCACUGGUGGGCCUGUGUGGAAUUAGCUCAGGCCUGAUGCAGAGCAUGGUGGCCUCGGUGAGUGGACUCUUCUCCCAGUUCUCCCUGCAGUGCGGUGCCAGUGGCGCGGCCCUGAAAGGCACUGGAGGCGCGAUCCUGGUCCCUAUGGCUGUGCAAAUCAGCUUCCUGCCUGCGGCCCUUGCUGGACUUGCGACCGUGAACAUGAGUCUGAUGCUGGUUUUUGUCCUUUCCACUGCUAUUCUGAGCUGUUCGCUUGCAGCCCUCCGCACUCUAUCCAGGAGUUCCACUUGGGCGCUGGCGAGCGAACACAUCGGUGCAGCCAGCGGCUGUCUUGAAGAAUGUCGUAACCCGGUGGACAACACCCUUGGCCGAGCUCCUUCCUUCUCCCGUGAGCGUCUUCUGUUGGUGAAGUGGUGCGCGGUGGGGCAGGUCUUCAGCUUGACUUUGACAACCUUCCUACUGGCCUUAUCUCCGCACGUACCGCCAUGUGAGAGCACAGAAUCUGCCAUAUUUUGGGAGAGGUAUUUGGCCACAGUCCUAGUGGCGACGCAUACUGUUGCGAACUUCCUUGGGCGCAUCACUGUUAGUGGCCAGUGGUGUAGACGACCAGCACCUGUGGGAGUCUUGGUCUUCGUGGUGCUCAUUCGCCUACUCUUCAUACCAUGCAUUCUGGGCUAUACCCAUGGCCACCUGCAUUGGCUGCUACCGGAAGAUCCACGCAAUUUGAGCAUCAUCGUCGCCUAUGGUCUCAUGUCCUUCACCGGUGGCUUAGCUGCCAUGCUGCUUUCGCAAAAGGCCCAAUCCCUCUGUGGCCACGAUCACAGGAUUCCAUGCCCCAUCGUCUCGCAAAUCACAUGGAUAGCCAUUCAGCUGGGGGGCCUUAUUGGUGUGGCUUUCUCCUGCAUCAAAGUGAUUUGAGCUCCUGACUGAUGCGAUCCAACUUUGUUAGUUAAAGAUCUCAGUUGUUCCAAAUAUGUGCCUUUUGCUCCCUGCAAGAAGAAUCCAG